CGACUAGAUAGGGAAUGAAAGAAAAAAAAAUUAUUAUUCGCAAAGUGAAUGUCAAUAUUUACACUGCUACGAAUUUUGAACAUCGAAUUUUCGUUUCAUCCUCCAAAAUAAAUCGUAUUGAUUGAUCAAUGUCACUAUCAAAAAGUAUUGAUCUUGGUUUUGCUGAACCAUUCACAAAUGAAUGGCUAUCAAAAUCAAAAUAUUUUCCAUCAAAAAUCGGUGGUCAUCCAUCAUUUUUGGUAUUGAAUCCAAUUCUUGGUUAUGAUCAAUUAAAUUGUCGAAAAUGUCAGAAAACAAUGCGUUUCAUUUUACAAUUGUAUGCACCGAUCGAAUCGAAUGAACAAGCAUUUCAUCGACAAUUAUUUGUUUUCGGUUGUGGACGACAAGAACAAUGUUCGAAUCAAUUUCUCGUCUUUCGAUGUCAGUUACCACGGACGAAUCAAUUCUAUUCACAUGAUCCACCAGAUUAUGACAAAGACAGUGUUGAUUAUAAUCCCAAUCCACUGAAAUUUGGUCAAUCAUUAUGUCCAAUUUGUGGCAUACAUGCCAACAAGCGUUGUUCACAAUGUCUAAAAAUUUCUUAUUGUUCUCGAGAGCAUCAGAUUGUACAUUGGAAAAAAGGUGGCCAUAAAGAUAAAUGUCAGCAAAACGAUCAAGAAACAAAUGAUUCAAAUAAUGUUAGAUAUGAAAAUCUUGUUUUUCCAGAAUAUGAAAUAAUUAUUGAUGAAGCGGAUGAAACAGAAAACCAACCUGAUGAUCAAGAUGAUGUUAGUGAGAUGGAAAUGAAAAAAUAUCAGGACUAUGUCCACCAAAAUCAACCAUCAUGCCAAAAUGAAAAUAUUGAACAAUAUUUACCCGAAGAUGAAUGUAAUGAACAGGAACAGCAAACUUUUGAUCGUUUUCGGCAAGCUAUACGUCGUGGUGAAAUUAUCCGUUAUGAUUCUUAUUGGCAACAGCAAAAUUUAUUAAGCAAACAAUCCUUUGAUCGUAUCCUAUGGAUUUCAAAUCGUAACCGCAUUACGGAUGUACCGAAAUGUGAAAAUUGUGGCUCACAACGACGAUUCGAAUUUCAAAUCAUGCCCAACCUGUUGAAUAAAAUUCAGUUGUCCAAAAAUGAUCACAUGGACUGGGGAACAUUACUCGUGUUUACUUGUUCAAUGAAUUGUAUAAAAAUCAUCCAACUAAUGUGUUGGAUUUCUAUCAACCAGAAUAUAUUCAUAAUCAAACUAUUAGUUAGAUGUUGCUCAAAGCGACUUCUGCUGUUGGAAUUUUGUUAUUCAUAAAUGGUAUCCAUGGUUACAGGAAUAAUGGACUUUUUGAUUUUUCUAAUGUUUAUAUUGAUUCGAGUCAAACGAAUUUCUAUUCUUUGUGUCAUUUUCUUCAAGAAUAAAGUACAAAAGAUGAAUUUA